UCACAAAUAAUAUAUUGAAGCAUGGUAUAUGAUAUAAAAUAUAAAUAUAUUAUAAUAUAUUAUGGACUUUGUAAGAGAGUGGAUUUGAUUAAGAAAAAUUCUGGUGCGGGCGUUAGGUAGGAUAGAGGACAGAGAAAUGAUCUUUGCCUUUCGAACUUGACUCCCAGGCAU